UCAAUCGUGGCUGACUUCUUCUACCAUUAAGCGGUAACCAUAGAAGAAGUAGCCCCCCUAGGUAGUUGUGAAUGAAUGUGCUAACGCCUAAAGCGCCUGAUAAGUCACGUUAUAUUUAUUCAGAACACUUGUUCAGAGACUGCUGACGUCUACUGUUUGGAGUGAUAAUGUCAGGGAUACCUCCAGACACAUGGCAGCCGCCCACGGUAGUUUUGGAGACGACGAUGGGGACUGUUGCUCUGGAGCUGUACUGGAACCAUGCACCAAAGACCUGUAAGAACUUUGCAGAGCUGGCCCGAAGAGGCUAUUACAACGGCACCAAGUUUCACCGGAUAAUCAAAGACUUCAUGGUGCAAGGAGGAGACCCAACAGGGACAGGCCGUGGUGGUGCCUCCAUAUUUGGUAAACAGUUUGAAGAUGAACUGAACCCAGAACUGAAAUUCACAGGUGCUGGUAUUUUGGCGAUGGCCAAUGCAGGACCGGACACCAAUGGAAGCCAGUUCUUCCUCACUCUCGGACCCACUCAGUGGCUGGAUGGAAAGCACACUAUUUUUGGAAGAGUAUACCAGGGGAUGGGAGUGCUGAAUCGUAUUGGGAUGGUGGAGACAAACAGCCAAGAUCGUGCGAUUGAUGAUAUCAAAAUUAUCAGAGCUAGUCUACCCAAUUAAGCAAAUGUUGUUUUUUAUUGCAGAUUUUUAAAAUAAAUGUCUGUUAACUGUUUAAA